AUGAAAGCAUUCAUCCUCUGCGUUGGAAGCCUAGACAGGUGGAAGCCUAGUAUAUUAACAAGUGAUGGCCAAGGAAACAAAGUCCUAGUUUUCGCCUCAUCGCCGUCUGUCUUCGCCGUUUUCUUUUUGGUCUCAUCGCCGUUUUUGCCUUCGCCUUCGCCAUCGUUUCAUCGACUCGUCGCUGUCUUUGCCUGCGCCAUCGCCUCGUCGCUGUCUUUGCCUGCGCCAUCACCUCGUCGCUGUCUUUGCCUGCGCCAUCGCCUCGUCGCUGUCUUUGCCUGCGCCAUCGCCUCGUCGCUGUCUUUGCCUGCGCCAUCGCCUCGUCACUGUCUUUGCCUGCGCCAUCGCCUCGUCGCUGUCUUUGCCUGCCUCGUCGUCGUCUUCGCGUUUAUCUUCGCGUUCAUCUCAUCGCCGCCUUCGCCUUAUCGCCGUCGACUCAUCGCCGGCUUCGCCCUCACCUUCGCCAGCGUAGGUGUAGUUGUAUUGCUGCCUUCGUUUUCUCCAUCAUCUCAUCGCUGUCUUCAACUUCGCCAUCGGCUCAUCUCCGUCUUCGUCGCUGCCUAUAUCUUCGUCUGUGGCCUACAACGAUGGAACAAUCGGAUCGAGGAAAAAACUCCAGAGAGGUGCUUAACUGGUAUAGUUUUGUACUGUAUUUUUGUAUGUUGUGUUGUAUAGUUAACCCGUUGGCUGCCACCCCGUUUGCGCCCCAUUUUUUUUGUAGCUUAUAGGGACCGGCCGCGCUGUUCUGCCUCAUGGUCUAUAGCCAUGGGGUGGAGCAGUCGCAAUGGCCUCGCCGCAAGGCGCUUUAGGCAAUGCACCAUUAGGGACUUCUCCUUGUCGAUGCGGUGGCGGAUUCCUGAGGGUGUGCAUUCCCUGUAACGGAUUCCGUCACCGUGUCAGCCCGGACUUGUCUUCGGACAAGUCCCCAUUGGUCGGCGAUCCUUCAGACACGAUGCGUAGCUAAUGUAGUUUAAGCAACCUA